AUGGGGUCUGGUAAAGAGGACUUGAGGAUUACUACGGCUAUAGCUGUUGGUGAUGAUACAGACCUAGAUGCUCAGUCGUAUUUAAAACGUGUUCAAGAUGAAGCUGAUAAAAUCAAUUUGGUAUUAUAUCAUCACCACGAUGAUGAUCACCUGGAGAUGAUUGUUGAAGAAAAUAGACACUUGGCGAUGGAUGAUGAUGUUUGGCUGACAAUGGUGAUGGAACUGUUCCUCUCUCUAAAGUCAAAGAUGCUUCAUCAUACUUUUGAAAAACAUGAAACCCCAGCUCGUUUACUACUAAACUCAAAUUCCAUUUUUCAAGAGUUGCCCCCGGAUUAUCUUAUUCUCAAAUUGCAAAGAAGAGAAUGUUUUGCAAUACUAUCACGCUUAACUCGAUUAAUAACGGUCUCAGUAAACUCGGCAUUUAGUCAAUGGAUAUGGCAGAUUUUUAUACGAAUCGAUAAUAUUCUAGAGGCCAACGAGUGCUCGAUAAUGAGAGAUUUGGCGAAAAGGGCAAUACAUCUUAAGAGGGUGCUAGGAGAAACAGAGGGAGAAGGAAAUGUGGCUGGUCAAACUUCCUCCAUUGCUAAAUUUACCUUUGAUAUGAUUAUAAUAAUCGUUGGAAAAUACUACCGCCAGAGUGAUUUAUUACCAUUGAGCGAUUACCAUUGA